UUUCCUUUAUACGUGACACAGCUAUUAUAAUAAUGAAUAUGAAAAUAUGCAGAACUUGUCUGAAAAGCCCAGCUGACACACACAUCUCAGAGCUGGAAAAGUGCUUAAAUGGGGACAACAAAAACUAUCUCGACGUAGUGCUGUUUUGCUUGGAUAUCAAGGUUACAGAAGACUCUAAAAUAACAACGAAUCUAUGUAGCAACUGUUACAGAAAAAUCACAUCGUUUUAUAAAUUUAAGGUAUUAGCUUUAAAAAAUGAUGCAUAUUUAAAAUCUUUGGAUUCGGGAGUACAGCUAGGAGACCAAAAACUGACUGUGUACGUGGACGAACACGGAAUAAAGCAUGAGAAUUACGUGGAAUCUGAUAACUUCGGGCCCAAUAUGAUUGAAGAUUCCAACACAGAAAUUAAGGUAGAAGUAAAUGUUAAGGUUGAAGACAGAUUAGAUGUGAAAAUAGAUUCUAAUAAUGAAGAUACACAUAAUUUUGAGUCGGAUGAAGAGCCACUAAGUGUAGUGCAAAAAGUGAAGUAUGAAGAUAUUAGGGAAUGGACCAAAGUUAAGGCACCAAAAAGAAAAAAACGUGUCCGUCCAAAAGCAUCCUUGAAGAAAUCAAAAGAGAAACAUGAAGCGCAGAUAUGUGAGGAGUGUGGCAAGUCUUUCCGUAACCUGAAGGAGCACCUACUCCAGCACCAGCCGGACACCAAGCGCCGGAAGGUGCAGUGCCAAGCUUGUCCAAAGCUCUUCUUGAAUAAGGGAGAUAGGCAUAGGCAUUACAAGGUAGUGCAUUUGGGCUUAAAGAAAAAAUGCGGCAUUUGCAAUAAAGAGGUGACCCGCAUGUCAGUGCACAUGGCGCGGCACAACCCGUCGACGCUCCGGUUCCCGUGCGUCGAGUGCGAGCGCCGCUUCGUGUCGCAGACCGAGCUGGACGCCCACGUGAUUUCGCACACCAACAACUACGAGUAUGCGCACGAGUGUCCCGUGUGCCACAAGAAGUUCAGCAGGAAGCCUUUUGUCGCUAGACAUAUACGGCAGGUCCAUGAAAAAGAAAGAAAACAUCAAUGUGAAUUAUGUCCUAAGGCUUUCUUCACCAACAGCGCACUUCAAGAACAUUUGGGGACGCACUCUAAGAUGCGGCUGUACAAAUGCAACGAGUGUGGCCUGGCCCUCAAGACGAAGGAUACGCUGCGGAGUCACCUCUUGAUCCAUCGCAGUUACAAGGAGUAUCCGUGUCAACUGUGCAGCAAGCGCUUCCAAAAAAUAAACAACUUGAGGGUCCACAUGGUGACCCACACGAAGGAGAAACGUUUCGAGUGCCGCUACUGCGGCGUGCGCUUCGGCCGCUCGCACCACCGCAGCCGCCACGAGUUCACCGCGCACCAGAAACAGCUAAAAGCCAAAUAAACGAUUUUUAAACUUU